GAUGGGAAAGUGUCAAAGUUGUCAGUUUAGUGAUCGUGGUAGGUCAGAUCUAGUGGUGACGGGAAUGUUGUGAAAAUGAAUAGUAUAGAUGUUUUUUGAAGUUGACGUUUUAAUUCAAAAUGUAUUUCGCUAUAGGAUGGCCUAAAGUCUUGAAUAUACCUCAUUUAAAUAACUGCUCAAUUCGUAAAGUUGUAUGUAAUAGGGACAAAGUUUUCUUUGCAAUUCUCUCCGACGACACUCUAUCAAUAUUUUUCUGCAAGCCAUGUCUUCCAAUAGUUCUUCACAGGCGGUCACAGGAAUCGGUUGAGGAUAUUGGGAUGAAUGAAUCAGUACAAUGGAAACCAGAUUCCUCCAUGUUGAUUGUGGCUACAUCUGGGGGUUUCCUGGUGUACUACCACCUGACGGUGGACUCCACCCAGAAGGGGUUGUACCAGCAGGUGGACUCUCCGCAGCCGAACCUGCGACGGGACAGUGCUGAACUGUUUGUCAAAGAGGUGGUACCACCAUUACAACUCACUGUGGCGCAGGAGGUAGCAGUAGGUGGUGGUAUUCUCAGUAUGGUCUGUAUCAGAGAUGAACUGAUGGUGUCAACUACGCGAGGUCAUGUUCUGCGCUACCGUUGGGACUGUACGCAGAACAGAGACUACUGCUUGGACCUGCGCAGGAUACCCUUCUGUAUCGAUCAACAAGUCUCUAAAGCUGUUCCGAUUGUGCAGCAGAACACGUACAUCACCGACAUCGAGUACUCCCCGUUGAUCGGAGGCUUCGCAGUGGUCUUCAACGAUGGCCGAGCCGCAUUCCUCACGGCUGCCUCUCUCAAGUUCGAUCCGAACCAAGUGCAGGGUAUCUGGGCACCAAAUAUGGAUGACGCCACAUGUGCUACGGUCAACCAUAAGUACAGGCUGAUCACUUAUGGAAGGAAAAGUUCACAGGGUGCGGUGUACUGUAUAGACGAGAGCAGCGGGGGACUGGAGUUGAGUCACCAGCUGACUCUCAGCAGCCAGGUGUAUCCUGGUGAGGUGGGGCCAGUGGGCUGUGUGAGGUGGACUCCAGACGGCUGUGCUCUGGCGAUGGCGUGGAGCCAAGGUGGCUUCUCUGUGUGGAGCACGUUUGGCGCACUGCUGGUGUGCAGCCUCGGCUGGGACUACGGCCUGCACGUGGAUCUCGCCAAGCACAACCCCCUCCUCGUCACUGACAUGGAAUGGUCGUCAGAGGGCUACCAGCUGUGGAUGGUGAAGAGACAUGAUCCUGGAGGGAACAAUAAUGGAGAACCGGAGACUGUGGAUACCGUCAUUCAAUUAGGCUUUGUCAAAAGUGCCUUAACUGUAAAUCCCUGUAUGAGCCACCAGACUCAUCUGUAUCUGCAAGGUGAAGACAGGCUGUAUGUAAACCUGAGCCCAGGACUGACCAAGGUAUACGAGAUGCGACGAGGAGCGCUGGACGAGCCAGAGCCUUCGCCACACCUGCGUGUCACGUCAGCACUCGUCGAGAGCAAGCAGUGGCUCGUCAUUCUCCUACCCUCCACCUACUCGGGAACCAACUGGCCUAUCCGGUAUACAGCGGUGGAUGCGGACGGAAGUCACAUCGCAGUGGCAGGCCGGACCGGUCUCGCUCAUUACUCCUUGUCCACCAAGAAGUGGAAGCUGUUCGGCAACGAGACUCAAGAGAAGGACAUGAUAGUUACCGGGGGCCUGUUGUGGUGGCGACAGUUCAUCAUAGCCGGCUGUUACAGUAUUCCUGAUGACCAAGACCAGAUUCGGAUAUAUCCACGUGAUGUGAGACUUAGUAACGACUACAUGACCGUGGCGCAGCUGGCCGCGCAGAUCCUGCUGCUAGACUGUCUGCGUGACCGUCUGUUAGUUUUCUCCGCAGAUGGCCAGAUCAACAUCUUCACAUUGGUUCAAGUUGACAACUCAAACUCAGGCAUGAAUGUGGGCAUCCGCUGUAUCCAGAGUAUUGACAUGAACGCUCUGUUGGUCCACCCUGCGUGCGUGGUGUCCGUCACACUGACCGCGCUCCGCACAGAGCCCACCCGCAGAGACCCCAGCGCCAAGGACAGUUUCCUCAUCAACAUCAGCGGCCGACUGCUCAUGGUGAACCAGAACAGUGGCAAUAAUCAGGUGUUAGCGGCGCCGACGGUGUUGGCGUCUUGCGUGGAGAACGUUUGGGUUCCUAGCAAGUUCUACCGACUCAAGCCGCACCUCACCGAGGCCCUCUGGCUGUUCUGUGGAGCCCACGGGAUGAGGGUCUGGCUCCCGCUUUUCCCCAAGGACGGUGACAAGUCCCACACCUUCAUGAGCAAGCGGAUCAUGUUGCCCUUCCACCUCAGGAUAUACCCUCUAGCAAUUCUUUUUGAAGAAGCAAUUCUGUUGGGUGCUGAGAACGAUACUAUGCUCUACACUACAGACUCAAGUUCUCCGUUCUCAUUGCCGUUCUGCACUCUCGAAAGAACAAGUCAAGUGUACCUGCAUCAGAUCCUGAGACAGCUGAUCCGUCGCAACUUGGGGUUUCACGCGUGGGAGAUUGCACGGGGUUGUGUGGCUUUGCCGUACUUCUCUCACUCUCUUGAAUUGCUGCUGCAUGAGGUACUGGAGGAAGAAGCUACCAGCAAGGAGCCGAUCCCGGACGCUCAGCUGCCGAGUGUUGUGGAGUUCAUCCACGAGUUCCCUGUGUACCUGCAGACCAUUGUGCAGUGUGCUCGCAAGACCGAGAUCGCACUCUGGCCCUACCUGUUCUCUGCUGCUGGGAAACCCAAGGAUCUCUUCCAGGAAUGUCUGCUCGACAAGCAGCUUGAGACUGCCGCCUCCUACCUCAUCAUACUGCAGAAUAUGGAGUCAUCAUCUGUGAGCCGACAAUAUGCGACCAUGUUGCUGGACUCCACUCUGGAGAACGGUAAAUGGGAACUCUCCAAGGAUCUGGUUCGGUUCCUCAAGGCCAUCGAUCCUAACGAUGUUGAGUCACCAAGGACUUCUUUCAUCCAUCCGACUAAGUACGGCGUGCCCCAAACACCCCCGGUGAAUCCUAACGAAGAGGACCUCUCCCUUGUCUUGGGAACUAUGCAGGUAUCCAGAGGCCGCAGUUUCAGCACCACAGUCAACCCCAAGCUGCAGAUGGUGGAGCCGGUGUCUCACGCUGCUGAUGUUGCUAGUCUUCGCAGGAAGAAGUCUGUCCCCACCUCCAAAUCUGAUAACCGCAGUGAAACUGCGGGCGGCUCUGCAGAGGAAUUCUUCAUGGAUGUGAUGGUACAGCGCAGCGCACGCCGGCUGCUCUGCGAACACAGACUCUCCCAGCUGGGGCAGCUCAGCGCACAUCUGGACUUCCCACUGGUGGGGUGGCUGGCACGCGAGCGCGAUCGCGCAGCUAGAGUCGACCACUUUGUAUCUGCGCUCAAACACCUACACGCAGACUUCUCUUGGCCGUACCCACAUCUUGUAGCCAAUGCUGGGGCAUUUGCUCACCGGAAAACUUCCGCAACCUCAGUAUCAUCGGUCAUGUCGUCACCAGUUUUGGAUGACAGACUGCGAGGUCUGAGUCUAGAGGUGCCAGCCACUAAUAGCCGUGUGGGCGACAGCGGUUACAUGAGUCAGGACCCUCUCGUGCGACCCACGCUCAUGCCUCCACAUCUCGCACCAGAUGCAGUCAGCCUGGUGAGCGAGGAGGAGAGUUGGUUCUAUGGAGAGGACUCGGAGCAGUGUACGAGUGACAGUUGGAGUGACAUACCGAGUGCACAGCUACUAGAGCAGAUCUCCCAGGAGGUGUCGGCCAGCAAGGGCUCAACCAAGGCCGAGGUGCAGCUAAGGUACUUACUGCAGAUAUUCAUGGAAGCAGGGUGUCUGGAGUGGUCGCUUAUCAUCUCUGUGAUGCUGCGUGACGCUAUGGCAGUGCAUCGGACGACCAACGCAGCUCGGUCUGUGGAGCACUCGUACGAAGCCGUGGUCAGGUUGAAAGAGGGUCUCCUUUCUCUGCAUCACUGGAGCAAUACGGAGUGCCUGGGAUACAAGCCGUUCAUGAUGGCCAUAUACAACCAGAUGGUGGUGCUGUCCAAGCUGCUGGGAACAAAGCAGCCCCCUCCACCUGCCAGCCCUCCCCCUCCUGCCGUGGCACCCCCUCGCUCUGAUCCGCCCAGUUCCACCCCCACCCUCAGUCUGGGGGAGCCUAACAUCGUGGAGGAGGAAGGGGAAGAGUCUGGUCGCACCUCCCCUACCCCCUCCACUCUGAGUAACACCAGCAACGCCCCCUCCUCCUGUGUUAUUUCGUGAGCGGCAGCAGGAUACUGGCUUAAUGGAUUUCAUGGAACGUUUUGUUAGAAAAAUAGAACACCUGAAUAUCUUUCCAAAAUCUUCAUGACUAACAUACAAAAACAUUUUCAAGAAGGACGACUUUGUUAAAAUUUCUGUAAUUAUUUACUCUAUGGUGUCUUACGUUCAUUUUCCAAAACCAAUUAUAAAAUAUUUGUGUUUCUUUAGUAAAAAAAAAACAAACUAUACGACUGUAAAAACAGAACAAUAGCUUUCAUAAAUGUAUAAAUCCAUUAAGCCAGUGUGGCAUGCGGUGAGAGUGUGAGUCGCAAUCAAUUGCUCAUGAAACUGGUCAGGAUUUCACUGUAGUCCCUGAUGUUUAUAAUCAAAACAAUGUAAAUAGAGGUGUAAAUACGAGUAAAUAUCUGUUACUAAAGACUCCCUGUUUCACAGUUCAGUACAAGUCCGUUUUAUUGUUACAACAACUUAUAGAACCGUUAACAAUUGUGAUAUUGAUGAUGUGUACCGCGUUGUUGGGCAUUUUAUAUUUAUAAUGUGACGCGAGUUGUGUUGAAUGAGUGAUCUUUAAUGCAUUUUCCAUAAUGUUUGGAGACUCGGGUCCAUUACUUGUUUGUUGCUGUUGGUCCUAUUAAUUAGUAGUAACUUCUGUGAGCAAGUAACAAGAGUAUUUAAAUUUUGAUUAAAUAAAAGAUUAAAAAUGGAACGCAUACGGUAUAAUUGGUGCGAACGGGUUUUUAAAGACAUAUUUACGAUAAGAAAUAUUUUUAAUGUACUUAUUCAACUAAAUUAAAUUGUUCUGCAGUAACUGGAAACAGUGGAUUACUGACACUUUAAAUUUAAAAUUUUACUUUACGUUUUAAAGUUUAUUUUUCCUAUCUGUAAAUGUGUACGAGUCAGCUCCAUUCUUAGAAAUUGAAGCCACAAUUUUUUUUAAUGGCUUCAUCUCUGCCAAAUUGACAAUAAAAUCCUUCCAAAAACUACAUAUCUGCCAUUAAAAUUUUUCUGCUACAUGUUAAAUUUUUCUCACCAUUUUUAAAUUAAAUAUGGCUCGUCUUCGCUUACAUGUAAUAUAUGGGAGCUGGCUCGUGAGGUGCAUGCUACGGUGUUUCUUUGGUACAGAGAUACGCAGAUACUCGAUGUGAAUACUUCGGUACAACUGGCUCUGCGUGUAACGUCGGGACAGACAGAUUAAGGAACGCUUUAGUUUCAAACCACUUGAAUUAAAGAUUUUGUCAGACCUCAGCUAAAAUGUUUGUCCGUAAUCUAAUUUUUAAGAUUUGUUUAGUAUAUUUGAUGUGUAUUAGGAUUUUGCGAUGUAAUGUUUAAAGUCUAUUAACCUGACAAUGCUCACAAUACCACGGCCUGAUGUUCCGUACCGUGAACUCGUUAUUUCCUGUCCAUAUUGGCUUCCAUCUUACCCACUCAAAUGUAUCAUCGCCACCUGUUUUCCUUGCUAUUUCGACUACCUAUUAUCAUUAUUUAUAAUUAUUAGUCAUAUUUAAAAAGGCAAUAUAAAAAUGCUUCUCAUCUGAAAAUUUUUUGAACAUUUUAAUUGGUUGCUGUUUGUGUAAAUAAUGAUAAGUUGUUUAUUGAGCUCCGUAAGAUGUUUUUGUCGGAAAAUUAAGCUUAGGCGAUCUUAUAAUUCACGUUGCAGUCUACAAUUCUAGACAUUUUUAGUAUCUCAAUAUUAUAAAAAUCUCAGAUUCUCUAAUGACUGUUUGAAAUUCAUGUUGUAUUUAUUAUCAAGAGUGUGUAUAUAAUUUUGUUACGUUUUCGGGUCCCAAGACUGAAUAAAAUACUCAGAAGAACUUGUAAUAUUAUGCUUAGUAUAACAUUCCAGUAGUGUACAACAUUAUUUAUUAUAAUUGGAAAUUAUUGUUAAAGCUAUCUUCGAUCUGUUUAUUGAUGAUUUAAUAGAUAUUUUAGCAAUUUAUCGUUGCAUUUUAUUUAACGUAGUUGUAUUUACAUAAUUGUUUCAGUAAGGUAUUAAUCUAUCUGUUAAGUUGGUCUAGUGAAAUAUUGUGGUUAUGCAGUACUUGUAAUUGUGUUAUUCUGUUGGUUAAUUAUAUUAAGUAAGAGUAUAGUAUAGUUAAUUUUAAUUUAUUAGUCGUCAUUUGAAGCAAUCAAAAGUUAAUUUAGAACAAUCCGUUGUUGAUAUUAAGAGGUGCCAAUUGUGUUGGGAUUGUAUUGUUAAACAACUAAUGGGGAGGAGUGAUGUAUUAGUCUUUCUUAGGAGAGGUUGAUGUUGAGAGAUUGUGUCAGGGUCUUGUUCAACAGAAUAAUGGAGAGGAGUAGAUGUUAUACGAGUAUAAAAAUGGAGUGAUGAAAAUCAAUGUUCCCUGCUAGUUUUGGAAUUGCAAUCUAAAAUAAAGUUAGGCGAAUAAUACCUAGGUCAAUGGAACCUACUUUUUGUUGUAUUCACAAUUUUGAGAAAAUGCCUCUCAAAGUCAAAUGCCCAAUGAAAAUUUUCAAAUGGCAACUCUGCUUUGCAACAAAAAUUGAAAUUUGGGAAAAAGUAAAGAAUUUUUUUCUUUCAGUGUGUUUAAAGUCACCAUUUAAAUUUGACAAAGGCAUUAAUCCUGUAUAAGCAAUCAGAAAAACGCAAACUGCACAUGAUAUGUGCUCUGUGGGAUGAGAAAUUUUGAGAUGAAAAUGUAGAGCAAACCUUCGUCUGGUAUCAUAUAAGUUUUCUAUACAUAACAUAGCUAUGGU